AUGAGGGUAUUCGAGCUGCUAGGGCUGGGCGCGCAGGACAGCGUGCUGUACGCGCGGGUGGGGGAGGCAUUCGAGCUGCUGGGGCUGGGCGCGCAGGACACGGUGCAGUACGCGCGGUUGGGGGAGCAUCCCGCCAUGAGGGCAUUCGAGCUGCUGGGACUGAGCGGGCAAGAGUCAGUGCAGUACGCGCGCGUGGGGGAGGUGGGGGGCGACGGCGCGGGCGACAACGACCAUGAUCUCGACCCCCACGACCACGACAGCCACAACCACGCGGGCAGUGGCGCGCGGGGGAGCCCGCAGCUAGGCGCGUCCGCGCGCGGGAGUCCCCCUCCGCGGAAGCAGCAGCAGCAGCGGGUGCCCGGGGUGGUGUUUAAGACGGAGGCUGCGCGCGCUGCUGCUGCUGCGCUGGAUGAGGAGAUGGCGGGGGGAGGGGAAGGGGGAGGGGGAGGGGGAUGGGGAGGCGGAGGAGGGGGGAGUGGUGUGGGGGAGAAACUGAUCCCUGGCCCUCUCCCCUCCUCCUCUCCCCCCCCUCCUCUCCCCCCCUCCUCUCCCCCCCUCCUCUCCCCCCCUCCCCUCCCCCCCUCCUCUCCCCCCCUCCUCUCCCCCUCCCUUCUCUCUGACCAGAAAGCCACCUGUCUCUGGGUCCUCGUCUCUCUCGCGCUCUCAAUCACACUAACUCAGCUCCUCAUGGGCAUGUGCGGCUACAACCUUCGCUUCAAGGGCGCGUGGGUCACUCUUGUCUACGAUCCCAGCACGCGGGCACAGACAACAGAGUCGGUGGCCAGUUUGGAGCACAGCGUGUAUGACAACACAGGCGUGUUCCAGGUGACGUUUGACACGCUCGAGGAGGAGAUUCGCGAGAUCAGGGACCAGCUCAACGGUAACCAGAAGACGGGAGCCAAGCCGGCAGCGCCCGUCCCCCCAGUGGUGCAGCUAGCGAAGCUGAGGGUGCAGGUGGAGGAGCUGUCGUCGCAACACGCGCUGCUGCGCGGGAAACUGGACUCGCUUGUUGCUGCCGCUGGGGGUGUGAGUGCUGGUGCUGAAGGGAGUGCUGCUGCCGCUGCUGCCGCUGCUGCUGCUGUUGCUGCUGCUGAAGGGAGUGCUGCUGCUGGUGUGAACAGCACGGGUGGGGUUGCUGUGCAGCAGGCGGUGGGGAAGCUGCUGGAACCGCUGAAAGCGAGGGUGCAGCGCGAUGAAGAGCGGUUGAAAAGGGUGCAGGAGAGGGUGGACGUGGUUGAGAAGGAGCUGGCGGAUAGCACGGAGGUGCUGCAGCAGCUGCAGGUCGAGGUGGUAACUGGGGGGAAAGGCGAACCCGCAGCUGUUGUGGUGCCUUCUCCGAACGAACCUGCUGCGGUUGUCAUUCCCGAACCUGCGGACCCUGCAGCGGUUGUUGUCCCGGUUCCCUCUGAUGCUCCCGGUCCUGAUGCUCCUGCUGUUGCUGGUGCGAUGGGAGGGACGGUUGGAGGAAAGGAGGGCGAGGCGGAAGGGGAAGAGGAGGAGGGGAAGGAUGAUGCUGACUUAGGCCCUCCAGAGGAUUACCCAGGCGAAGGGGAUGUGGGAGAGGAAGGAGAGGAGGGAGGAGAGGAGGAGGGAGAGGAGGAGGAGGGAGGAGAGGGGGAAGCAGGGACGGGUGAGCAGGUUGGGAAGAAGAGUGCUGGGACUGCAGGGGAGACAGAGGCGCGAGGUGAAGAGGAGGCGGGGGAGGGGGAGAGGGAGGUGGGGGAGGAAGGGGAGGAGGAGGGAGGGGAAGUGGGGGAGGAAGGGGAGGAGGAUGAGUCACGAGCAGUGGGAGGAAUAGAUGUGGCGGAGGUGCAGCAAUGCGGCGAUGAGACUCUCGAGCUCCCACCAGAAGCCAAGGCAUGGAAGCAGCGCUCUCUUGUGCAGAUCACACCAGACCUGCAGCUCUUCAGUGCAUACCGGUACAACCCGCACACCAUUGCGAUGGUGGGCUUGCUGUCUCCUGACGUCCCCACUCUCCCUCUAGACGACUGCCUCUUCCGCCAGUUGGACGGCUCCCAGCCGAUCGCAGGCUCGCUGCUGCGCCUGCAGGUGGAGAGCACUGCAGCAGUGGUGCUGAGGUUCGAAGGAGACACUGUUCUCCCACCCUGUGGGGGCUAUUUGGAAUGCACUGCUGCUGCUGGGGGUGCUGCUGCUGCUGCUGGAGAUGCUGGAGCUGCUGCCGGGGCGAAGGUGGUUGUGUACACUGAAGGCCGAGGGGAGCUCUCCACUCCCCCCUCGCCCCUCCCCACUCCCCUCACCAUCUGCUCGCUCCUCAUAACAAACGGCGUUUCGCCGCCCCGCCUGCGCGAGUGGCUGGACUACCACCGGGUGGCGGCGGGGGCGGCGAGGUUUGUCCUGUACCGGCACAGCAAGAGCCACUGGCCUGCAGAGCUGCGGCAGGCAGUGGGGGAAUACGAGCGGAUGGGGAUGGUGGAGGUGACAGAUAUUGUGGGGACAGACAAGGAGCAGGAAAAGUUCCUCGCCCUACAGGACUGUCUCUACCGCACCUCUCUCUCCUCUACCUGGACCCUCCCUCUCGACCUAGACGAGUAUCUCUCCGCCUCGCCCCCCGCCACCCUCCCCUCGCUCCUCUCCGCCUCCUCCCCCUCCUCCCUCGCCGCCUCCCCCUACCUUUCCCUGGGUGCAGUGCGGUGGAGCACGGAGGUCUGUCUGGAGGAGGCAGAUGUGGUGAAGGUGGAGAGAGAGGGGAUUGGGGGGGAGGGAGGAGAGGAGGAUGAAGCUGAUGCUGCUGGUGAUGGUGGUGGCAGGGGUAAUAGCAGCAGCACUGGUGCUGUAUUUGCGGUGGAGAGGGCAGUGUUUAGAGAGCCGGCUCCUGUGUGCAAUGCUGAUGCGGCAGGGGAGGCAGCAGUGGGAGCGGCAGGAGGAGGAGGAGGAGAGGUGGAUGCGGCAUUGUGUGAGGGCGAUGCGGGCACACGGCGGGUCAUUGUUGACCCGCGCAAGGUGGCCCUAGUCUCACUCCACCACCCCAUAUCCUCCAAGGGCGGUGCUACUUUAAACGCCCACACGCAGGCGCGAGUGAACCGUUUCCUCGGCCUCUCCAGUCUCAAGCAGGCGGGGAGGCUGUGCAGCAGCGCAGUGCAGCAGACAGGCGACGCUGCUGCCGCUGCCGUCGAUGCUGCUGCUGCUGGUGCCCCGCGGGGGUCUGUGGAGAGCCUAGAGGUGGCUGAGGGGGCGAGGCUUGCCAGAGAGUGUCCGAUAGAGAAGACCAGGGAGUGCGCCGUUUCCUUAACGCCGUGA